CUGGGCGCGAGCCGGCCGGUUAGCGAGCUUCCUUACUGGCCCCUGGGAGGGGCUCCGGGGUCACCCCGGGUCUCACCCCCUCGUCCUUCUCUUGGGGAAACUGAGGCACCGGGAGGGUCACAGUUGAUGGCAGCGUCUGUCGUCUGCGCUCUUCCCGUUGACACGUCUGUCUCAUCGGACGCAAGCUCCCACCUCCUCGGAGAAGCCUCCCUUGACCGGUCUUGCAGAAAAGCGUCCGUCCCCUUCGGUCUCCCGCGCUAAUCUUCGUUGCACUUUCCUCUGAAACCGUUCUGUUGCUUUGUUUCUGCCCUCCUCCGCCAAGUGCUGCCCCCCGCCGCCCCCGUCCGGGGUCUGUUAAAUACCAGCCGCCUUGGCCCAGGCGCCUGCCGAGGGCCGGGCGUAUCUUAGGAGUCCAGACCGCCCUCUGUUCCUGGAGCUGACGUUUUCCCGGGGAAGAGGUUGAUGGCACACAAUUCCAGGGCCAAAAUGAGUCUGUUUGGGACAACCUCGGGUUUUGGAACUAGUGGGACCAGCAUGUUUGGCAGCACAAGCACAGAUAACCACAACCCUAUGAAGGAUAUUGAAGUAACAUCCUCUCCUGAUGACAGCAUUGGUUGUCUGUCCUUUAGCCCACCAACCUUGCCUGGGAACUUCCUUAUCGCAGGAUCAUGGGCUAACGAUGUUCGCUGCUGGGAAGUUCAAGAUAGUGGACAGACUAUUCCAAAAGCCCAGCAGAUGCACACAGGGCCUGUCUUAGAUGUCUGCUGGAGCGAUGAUGGGAGCAAAGUAUUUACAGCAUCAUGUGAUAAAACUGCCAAAAUGUGGGACCUCAACAGUAAUCAGGCAAUACAGAUUGCACAGCACGAUGCCCCCGUGAAGACCGUACACUGGAUCAAAGCGCCUAACUACAGCUGCGUGAUGACCGGGAGUUGGGAUAAGACUCUGAAGUUUUGGGAUACACGAUCAUCAAAUCCUAUGAUGGUUCUGCAGCUCCCUGAAAGAUGUUACUGUGCCGAUGUGAUCUACCCUAUGGCUGUGGUGGCCACUGCAGAGAGAGGACUGAUUGUCUACCAGUUAGAGAACCAACCAUCCGAGUUCAGGAGGAUAGAGUCUCCACUGAAGCAUCAGCAUCGAUGUGUGGCUAUUUUUAAAGACAAACAGAACAAGCCGACUGGUUUCGCCCUGGGAAGCAUCGAGGGGAGGGUUGCUAUUCACUACAUCAACCCCCCAAAUCCCGCCAAAGAUAACUUUACCUUCAAAUGUCACCGCUCGAACGGAACCAAUACCUCAGCUCCUCAGGACAUCUAUGCGGUAAAUGGGAUCGCGUUCCAUCCUGUCCACGGCACGCUUGCCACGGUGGGGUCCGAUGGCAGAUUCAGCUUUUGGGACAAAGAUGCCAGGACGAAACUAAAAACUUCCGAACAGCUGGACCAGCCGAUAGCGGCUUGCUGCUUCAAUCACAACGGAAACAUAUUCGCCUACGCCUCCAGCUACGACUGGUCAAAGGGACACGAAUUUUAUAAUCCCCAAAAGAAAAAUUACAUUUUCCUGCGUAAUGCAGCCGAAGAGCUAAAACCCAGGAAUAAGAAAUAGUGGCCAGAGACUUCUGGGUUGUCCAGAGUUGUUUCCUCUCCACUCUGCCUCGUCUUUGUACGGAUUCGGGUCCCAGUGUUUGGUAGGUUGUCAGCCCUGGAUGUGGACUCAAGCCCUGAAGAAAAUGUCCUCGAUCAGCAGUCAGGAGCCCCGCCGGCCACGAUGACUGUCUGUCCAUUCCACUGCCUGUUACAGAUUUCUUCUGUAACUCCACGGGGACUGAAAUGAUUCUAGAAGUUAGAUUCCUGUGGGCGACUGCCACGUAUUUUGCCGUGCUUCAUUCAGCCGUGUAUGUGUUCGAGAACAUUGGGAAACAUCCUAUGAGCGCUGUACUGUAUUUUGUAAUAAAAUAUUUUGAAGAUUC